GAGGAGUGGUGCCUGGAUGCUGAGGGUGUGGACCAUCAAGUUCAGGUUGGGAUUGUUAUAACGUGUUUUUUGAAGUACUUCCAAAAGGAAGCCGCCAGUCUAAUACCAUGGGCAGGGACUUUUGAAGCUAGAGGAAAGAAUAAUUGUAACCAUCCUUGGCCUUAGAAUGGGUUUAAUCAAGGAUUAAAGUGAAGCCAGUGAAAUGCUUGCGGUCCAGCCCCUCUUCUUCUUCUUUGACACAACUAAAAAUAAAUGAACCUUAAAAAUGUCUGUUUCUACUUGAAUGUGCUUCUUUAAUUCUUUCACUUCGAUCCAGGUUUCGAACUGGAAAAUGAACAAAAUUAGUCCUGGUUGAACCCGUACAAAGUCAUGCAUGCACUGACUCCCUCUUCUUUCCUCAGCGUGUAUAAUUCCUUCUCUUUUUGUUGGUUUAUUUCCACAGUUGUGAGGAAUUUUCAGACAACACCUAUUUUGUGGAAACUCCUUCCGCAACCCCAAAAGGUUGUCUACGUAACCUCAGGGGAGCAGCCAGGGACUAUGUAAUUGGAGAAGAUUGAGUACACAGAGCGAGAGUGCGGCCUGGUGAGCUAUUGAGAGGUGAAACAAAGAUUACCAGAUGUUUACCCAGCCCAGCCAUAUGUGAGCUGGUUUGCGAACUUCUGUGCGAGAGUGUGUGAGUGGCAGACAGAAGGAGUUUGAACAUUUGACCCUGUGUCCAUUACAGGUACAGAAAAAAACUCUGCGGCCCAUUGACCAUGCAGCCAACGCAAAACAAUGACGUGUUGCCUUGUUUGGUUUUCCUCUAAAAGGAAACCUAGUAUUCCUCAGCAUAUCACUCAGGAAUCCCCUUUUUCACUGAUGAAAACCAUGGAGCCGUCAAAAUAAAGCUCAGCUGCCUGGUUUCAAUUAAAGCAUUGAAUAUCAAAGACAAUCACUCCCAUUUUAAUGUGCAUUUUUUAUGUGUUCCCGGUUUAUUUUGACGGAAAAUUUGUGGGUGGAGCACUUGCUAAUUGGUAUGGAAAGCUUGCACCUGUGGUAGACCAAUGUUUUGAAAGUCAGAAACAUUGAAUAUUUGUGUUCUAGUCUUGUGAGAAGGAGCCAUACUUAGUCAAAAAAACAAUUCCAGACUGGAUCUGAUGUGUAAAAUUGUCUGGAACCAAAAAGUUACGCAGUGAUUGGGAAUAUUUUGAGCUUUUGAUUUCAUACUGGGCAAUAAUUUGUCAUUCAUCUUGACCAGUUAAGAAGUAUUUAACAUGAGUUAUGGGCUUUCAAACCUCACAUCAUCAAUCUUUGGGACCAGAGUCUUUGAAUCCAGACACCUCAAGGUGAACAAAAGUUCAUAUUCGUAGUUUUACGCCACAGAUGCCACGUGCUUUGAUUCCACCAUUCCCAGUCAGUAUUAAAAGUUAGCUUUAAUUAUGUUAUUGUCUAAACAAAGUACGUCAACCUUUUGACACAUCCAGUAUUAUGUCAUGGCGCAGAGGGAAGGGAAGUUUGUAAGAUCUGCACAGCUACUCUGACAUGAUGCGAAAUACAUCAUGUCUAACACACCCUGCAUAAUAACUUGGUCCAUUUGUAGCAGCAGAAUAUCAGUCAGUCAAGAUGGUUCUGUGAAUGAAUUCUUCAUGUUUGAGUUUCCAGAUGUUGAUGCUGCCAGUAUUUGGAGUUUAUGUUCUUCUAUCAUCCUCAAGAUCAGCUGUAAAUCCAUCUCCGGCAUGUAGCCCCGGUUCUUCCUUUUACAAUGUAUUUUAUACACUGUCAGAUAUAAACAUGGAGUCAAUGUUUUUUUUGUUUUGUUUUUUCAGUUUAAUGUAAUUUCCAUCCUUGCUGUCAAAACACACAAGAACAAGAUAACUACAUCUGAUUCCAGUGUCUUGGAGCAAAACAAAGUGGAACCAUUAAGAAUGGCAUUUGUGUCUGCAGAGUGAGAAAAGGAGGCUGGAACUUGAUGACACAAGGACAGCUCUGCAAUGGCGUGAGUUUUGGCCAGCUUUACAAUGAGAAGACCUGAGGAGAAAAAUCAAAGCUGUGAGGUCAAGAGAAAGGUCAGUGCUUUAAUGGUAAAUUAAAUCUGCACAUAUAGUGUUGGGUUCACAGCUCAGCUUAAUAACUGUAUGUCAAAUAUAAAAAGCUGCAUUUCUCCAAUUUUAAGCUCUUUUGUUGAUGUUAUUGUCCUGCUUGUGUGUAUGUUAUGAAUGGGGCGGAUCUAUCAGGACAUUCCUUCCAUUCUGGUGGCAGAGAGGUGGAAUCACCGGGUCUAUAUAUACAACAAAGUGCGUCACUCUCCGUCCUCUUCUCCUCCUCUGUGGUCUUGAGACUACAGGGACAACUAUGAGUUACUGUGGAGUUCUGUCAUUAGUGGUGCGCUUUAAUCUCUAAAUUAAAGGGCUAGCUCAUUAAAUAUCACUACAGUCUGCAAACAGGGACACAUAUAAUGAGAAUUUCCUGUUUAAUAAAAGAGCUGGCUGACAUUUAAUUCAUGUUAGUCAUGUGUAACUUUGAUAUGAGAAUUUUUACUGUAGCGUAACAGUCAGGAAAUACAACUACCCCCUUCAUCAUGAUUACAUAUUUUCAUCAUCAUCAUAAAUAUCAAUAAAAGUCUAAUACAGCUCUUUGAAUUCUCCCAAACUGCACUCUGGGUCUUUAACUCCCAGUUUGUCGGAUACACCUGGAGGGAUUUUGGGCUCCAUGAAAAUAUAUUAAUGUUGGCACCACCUCUUGACUGCCGCAAAUGUGCUGGUAUAUUUUAACAGUUCUGUCAGUGAUUGGCCCUUAGAAACUUUUCUCUGUUAUUCAGUGCCCCUGACUGCAGUGGAGUAAUUUCGGUUGUAAGUAGCUGUCCAAAUUGUAUAAUAUGACCCAUCCACUAUCUGUCAUGGAGUCUCUGACCACAAAAAACACUACAUAUAAAGAUAAAGGAAAUUGAACGCAGUAAGAGAUAAGUAGAUCCAAAUCUGAUCUGUAUUUAAAGAUGUAUCAAUAAAUCUGUUGACUGCCCAGUAAGGAGUUUCUUUGCUGGUGAGAGAACAGGCGAAACAAAAUAUUGAUGCCUCUUAAUUACAAUCAAAGGCAUAUUAGACCAUUAGAAAUGGGAUAGACUAUUUUGAUAUGGUUUUUGUAAUGCAAAAACUGCUAGCAAGGAAGAGGAGGUGUCAAUCCAGCUGAUGGACUGCACUCUACCAAAACAGCCUGUCCUUAAAUCAUGUUAUUUGAGUGUGAAAAUAAAAAAGGGGAUGCUUUUAGUUAGAAAGGACAAAACAGGACGAAGAGAAGAGGUACUGCUUUGUCGCCAGAGUGACACCAGAUUUAACACAAACUUAAAGUUUCUCACAGGAGCUUUAAACUUUAAAAUAUUACAGCUCCAGUUCAUGUGCUAAAAUGUUUUAAACUGUACUGAAAUUCAGAAUUUCAAAUGAAUUGCAUCACUCUGUAUGAAAGGAACUGCACUGUAUACCUUAUGUCAAAAAGUAUGGCUCGUAGAAAAUAGAAAAAUUGAAUAUUUCAUUGUUUCAUUCAUCAUCCAAUCACCUUUGAUUAUUUGUAUGAUUUCUUAAAAAGUAGCAGAUGUUAAAAUAAGAUUUAAAGUUCAGUUUGUUCACAUUGUAUUACAGUCUGCAUACUGUAUUUAAUACACUGUGCAUUUUUUCAUUCUUAUGAAACUCCAGAGAGGGAAAGACUGGAGUUUUGGUGGGUCACUAACAUGCUCACACCCAUUGUUGUCAAGUUCCCUAACUUGAUUUAUAGCGGUGUAAUGUUUCUUACUGUAUUAGAGUUCGAAUUUAUUACUUUGGUUCUCACAAUUUGUUUUCCAGAGAGAUUCGACGGACCUUUGAGCGGAUGGGAAGUCAAAUUUGUGUUGGUUAUGAAGACAGUUAUGAAGCAGAUCGGGUCAUAAGUGUCUGCAAUCCUUGGAGUGGAGAGACACAUCGCUCAGUGACGACAAGAGAAGAUCACGCCGAGGUGAUACCAAAACCAACCACCUAAUCAAAAUUACAUCAUGUCUCCAUUACGAGCAGGCCAACAAAGAUGUCACAGUUUUACGUAAGUAGUAAAUUGGACCCAAAGAAAAUGUCCCAUAGACUCGCACGAUAUCUGUACUGUUUUGAAACGCUUUAUGAUAAUAUUUCUCUUCAUGGCUAUAGACCCAGAUUAACCUCCUUGGAUGAUUGCCUCAGUUUCAUAUGCCCACUGAGGGUAUUAUUACACAAAGCAAAAAUUCCAGGUGUCUAAUAAAGUUAUUAAAUCUCUUCAUUUUGCAAAGUCAUAUGCCAUUAUUUUUGUAUGGUUUUUAUAUGAGCACACCUGCUCUCAAUACAUUCUCCCAGAGGUCUGUAGGGAGGUAAUAACCUCCAUCGAUUCCGUGAGUUCGGACACAUCCUGCAUUUUUACAGUCCAUUGAAAAAGGUACUGAGGAGCAGAGAAGCAGUAAAUGAGUGUUCAACUAUGACACCAUGUCUGCCUUUAUUAUUCCCCCUCAUAUGUCAGUUCACACAUUAUUUCCUAAUAAGUCAAUACUCUGCGCUCUGUGUCUUGCACUUCAUUUAGAGUGACUGUAGAUUUCCUCUUUCUUGAAUCAAAGCCAGAUUCUUUUCCUUUUUCAACGAUCGAGGGAUUCACUCCAUACCGCCCUGCCUCUGUAGACUGUUCGGGGGCUGAUCGAGUAUCUUCUCAGUGGUUCGGCUCUCAAACUGACACUACAUCUGGGAUUAUUUCUCUCCAGCGAGCAGGUUGUAAUUCAAGACUUGCAACUGACUAUUGGAGGUGAUGACCUCUUGUGAUUUGGGCUUACGCUGCAGCUUACACAAGGCCGCCACACCAGAGCCAGGGGGGACAUGGGUUUUACAGGCCCACCCGCGAGGAGAGCACAACUAUUUCCUCUCCAUAAAUCAAAAUGGACACGCUCUGUCUGGGGGCCUUCAAUAGAAACAGAGCAUGUACAUUUUUAAAAUUAAAAAAAGGCUGAAAUUAACUUUUUUUAAGGGGGGUCCUCAUUGACUGAGGUCUUACGCAAGCACAUUCUGUAUAUUCAUCAUGUGCUGGUGUAACUUUUUUAAUUCCCUGUGAACAUGUUGGCUUGCUUGCUUUGGUACUCUAGGGAAAACAAUAAGAGACCCCUGAAAACCCUUCACAGGGGCAGACUCCUGAAAAAGCAUUUUGAACAGCAUUUUCACAUUUUAUGUUCACAUUUUUUAUUUAUUUUAUGUCAACAUGAAUUUAAAUGUAUGUCAUCCUAAUGUUAAUCGAGGACAGUGUAUCUAAUCUAAUCUAAUAUUCAAUUCUCUUUUUGAUCUCCAACAACUUUUGGGGGGGAAGUACGGCAUCUGAAUCUAGUUAGCUAGCUAGCUACGACGCUGUGUUGUGCAGGUACUUCAAAAAUGAUUCUCUGCACUUGGUGAUCAAAAAUUAUCAAUCAAUUAAUCAAUAAUAUUGCACCAAUUUACAAUAAAUACUUUCUCAAGGUGCUUUUCAGAGGAGGCUGUUCCAGACCGUACUUUGUUUUCAUACUAUUUACAAAGUCACAACUCCAAUAAGGUAGGUUGGAUUUUAGCCAUAGACUGUAUAUAGAUGGACGCCGAUUGCCUCCUCGCUGGGUGAAGCCAUUCUGAGAACAGCACCCUCUGGUGACGGGCUGCAGUAUAGGUCAUAAAUCCCGCCUCCGCCAGCCAUCCUUAUGAGGCUCUGGACAAACUUCAGAAAUUUAUUACAAUGGUUAUAGUACCAAUCAUAAUGGUAAGAGUAAAUAAACAUAAGACUGAUCUUAUCUAUGCCACUUAAAGUCAACAGGUCUCAUAUUUGCAUUUACAAUAAUGUUGAUAAUAAUAGAGGUAGGAAUGGCAAUAUCAUUUACAGCAGUGUGAGUCAAGCCGUCAUAAAAUCCAAAUAAGCUUUUUCAUAGUAAUAACGUUGAGACUGAUAUUAAUAGAUGUUGGAGUUGGGCAGCAGCAGCAGGCCGUCUGGAGCAACAUGCGGUGAAACCUACAAGACAAGGGAGCUCCCAGAUACAUCUUUGGUGUGUAACUUUGGUGGGAAAUGGAGGUUCAGAAGUUUGUGAGGAGAGACAUGAAAAGACAGGAGCUCAGUGUGCCAGUUUCCCCUGAAGUAUGAGCCUAUAGCUGCAUAACUGAGAGCUAGUCCAGACUGAACUAUGGCGGUCACGUUAUCAAAAAGGAAAGUUUUAAGUCUACUCUUAAAAGUAGAGAGAGUGUCUUCAAUAAAUAUCACUAAAAAGAGUGAGAGCAACACGAUAAGGAAAAUGUUGCUUUUGUAACUAUCGCACUACGGUAAAAACAUAAAGUGAAAUGAUGCUAAAACCCUUGGUAGAGCUCCACAGUUAUGUAAUCUGUAUUAGUUUAACAUCUUCUGAAAUACAAAUAGUAGAUAGACCUUGUUUACAUAGAAUAAAUAAUAGCAGCUUAGGUGUUUAUAAGUUUUGUUUUAUCAGUUCAGUGGCCUCUUUUGUCAUGUCUGGUUAUUAAUUUAACUUCCGCUCCAUGUACUCUCCAAUACAGUGUCUGUCUUUUCUUUGACAUUUCUUGAUUCCUCCUCCCGUCAUAAAAAAACAAUUACCACCGUUUUCCUGUAAUGAUCCUCUCUGCAGAGACCAGAGGUUAUGGAACACACAUACAGACAAGUCAUGACAUGACUCACCCUCCGAACAGCGUCUACGAGUUUGUUCUCAGGGAGAUGAAUGCUUUUAGUAUCCGAGACAUGGUGUCAUUGACAUCCGGCACAUAUCAGGCAGUAAUGUCACAUUUCCCUAAAGAUAUGGAAAUUAUUAAAACGUUUUUUUGUAUGUUCCACUGCAGUGAUGUGUCACUAAAGGCCCCAGCGUGAUUGCUUGGGGGAAAAAAAGACAAGAAAUUAAGAAACAAUUCUCAUUCCAGAGCUCAUGGCAAUUUUUCUGUCUGCAAACUUCUCACUGCUGCAACUGGCAAGUAGAAAAUCAGUCCCUGGUGUCCCCUGAGUAUUAGUGAGUUGAUAAAAAAAUGUCAGUGCAUGACAGCCCAUAUUUUCCAAAGUAAACCCAAAGGAGGACGUCCUGUAACAAUUUAGCCAGAGCGCCUGGCUGAGACUCUGCAGAGCUGCAUUUGUGGGUAAUUGGUCGAGCAGCAGAGGAACGACCUUAAGUUUAGAUUCAGGCAGUUAGGAGACCUUGGAGACGGCCUUGAUCCCAAAGCUGUCCCUCACAGGCUUAAACGCUGAGACUCUGCUUAUUCUUCACCACCAGGGAAGCGUUCAUAGAUAUUAUAAUGCCUGUGCUGUAACAGCACAAAGCCUGGUAUGAUAUAAGAGCUAUAAUUCACCUUUUAAUAGAUUAUCUAAUGAAGAUUUCUGAGAUUCUGCUCAGUGGUGGUCGAGCAUUUGUGUUUUCUUUUCUUAGCUCAGCAGUACGUACUCAUUUUUUGACUAUCCUGGUGUUUCUUUAAGGAAAUAUUUUAAAUCUAGAAAGAAUCAAUUAAUUUCUUGCACCUCUAUAAGUCCUUGGGAUGUCUUUCCAAUCACUGCUACAGUCGCACAUCUUUAUGUGCUCCACACAGAGCUCAAAUACGACAUCUGCUCUCUAUAAAGUUUACAAUGAGCUUCUUUACAGACUCUAUACGGUAAAACCUUCCUGAUAAAUCCAGUUGUUAAUAUAUUCCUGUGAUUACUUAACCAUUUAUGAGUGCAGAAAAAUGGUUAGCUUUUCACUUAGCCGCCUUCUAAUGCCUUAAAUUGAUUAUUCUAGCCAAUCAGAGGCUGGGUUCAUAAUUUCAUCCAGUUGGAUGUGCUGAAAGUGAUGUAGGUAUGAACUCUAAUCUCAUGGAGUCAAUGUAGAUUGAAUCUGUGUUUCUACAUCCUUUAUAAAUAACUAAUACAAAUACAACACAACAAUAAUAAUAUCUAUAUUUGACUGUUUCUUUCAUAUUUGACUGAUAAAGAGAAGAAGAUAAAAGACUAACAGCAUUUGGUCCAUAUGCUAACAGUAGAUGUGUCAGACAAUAUAGAAAGUUGCAUUGUAUCCCUCUGUAAAUUGAGCAUUAUCGGUUGCAACACUGACGGAAAAGUCUGCAAACUACAAAUGGACUGGCCUCCACUCAGCAAAGUGCCUCAAAAAGGAACAAAACCUGUCCUCUUGCUAUUCAAUAGGGUCAAUGUACAGUACCAGCAGUGGCUUUAAGUGCAGGGAGCUCCCCAUUGAUCAGUAGUGGAACGGGAUCCAGCCAGCUGGGGCUGCAGGCUGGGGAAGCCGUGUUCUUUGCAGUGAGGUAAUACCUCAGACAUCUGCAGCAGGUUCUAAUUAUGCCAGAACAACUCAGUGUCUGGCUGCGUUUGGCUGGAGGAAGAGCCAACACAAGCCAUUCUGCUCGUCUCUGUGCGUAAGACAUAAAGGCCAAGGGGAUGCCCUCACACCGCCCAGCUCCGUCAUCGGCUGAUGGAAAAGUUCUCAUGAGCAAGAGCUGCCUCAUAGAAGAGAUACAGGUCAUUAUUUCAUCUAAUCCAUGCUGGGUUCACUAUCAGUCUCUCUGCCUCACUGAAUUUUUCACAUUUAUUUUCGUAUCAUAAAUUUUGUGCUAAAUGUUUUUCCCUAUAAUGUUGGAUAGUUAGUUGGACAGGGUGUUUUGCAGACCUUUUAACCUCUGACUGUGCCACGACACAAGGUGGUGCUACUGUAUCUUCCUGUUCUGUUGCUACGCAGAGGUGCUGCUGCAACACAGCCAAACAGGCAAACAGGGUGAAAGCCAUGUGUUUAAGGUCAGCUCUGUUUUAUAAUUUCAGCAGCUAAUUUGACUUCCUGUAAGUGUGGAAUGAUUAAGUACAUUUCUUUAUGCUCAGACUAAACUGCCUGAGGUUGAGAUGCAUUCCUCAAAGCUGCAGCUACAUCAUUUGUCAAAGAUCGUUCUGUUAUCUUUGAACUUUACCCACCUCGACGAAUUCUGUCGUAACAGCAUAGCUCGGAAAAUGUUUCAUUUCAUAAUUAAACCGAUAUUUCCUUCCAUGUGACAAAAUUAAAGGUUAGUCUACAACACCCAGGUCUUAAAAUACGCUGGUAAUAAGAGCAGAAGUAUGCUUUGCAGUCAAACCCUUUAUUUGAGCAAGCUGUAAACUGUAAGUUGACAGUGAUUAGCAGGAAAACAUUUGCUGCUAUGGCAACUGAUCAGCACAGCGUGUAACAGAGAUGCCUGUGUUAUGGAGCAGAUAAACCUGCCAAUUAUGCUCAAUCUAUUUUAAUUGUUCUUUUCAAAGGACUAUAAUUCUGCUUUAUUAAAGACUUGUAGAUUUACAGUCAGAAAGCUUUAAGUUUACUCUCGUAGACUUUGACAUUACUAUAUGAAUUCUUCUGCCCUCCCUGACCUCAUGGGUACACAAAAACAGCAUGCGCCCGUGCUACACCUUCACAUGCACGCGCUUGCUGCGGCUCAACAGUAGCUGCAAAUGCAAUCUUGAAUUUUGAUUACACAGGCGGCAGAGCAACCUCAAAUCUCAUCAUUAGAGGAGCUACAGGGGACGAGAGCAAACCCUCUGUAGUCCCACCACACAAAUAGAGUGGUGACAGUUUAAUGGUCUCCCUGCUCACAGCACCACACCCUCGCCACGCUAUAUUAAAGACCCCGCUCCCACCCCAGCACGUGACGUCAGGUGCUUGAACCUGCGCUGCGGAGCUUUGUGGGAUUGUUAAUCUGCAGGGGGGGGUGAAAUUCUCUUGAAGUGAUGACAUUACUGUGCGUGACUGCAAAUGGAAAUUCUGCGGGCCUCCAUCAUCGUUAAGGCCCCUAACAUUAACAUUUACUUCUCAUUUAUUUAUGCUAAUCAGUAACAAAUGGAUUUCACUUUUAUUUCGGUGAUUUGCUAUCUGAUAUGUCUAAAUAAUUAAAAGCUGGAAAGACGUUACAUAUUUCAUGCUUUAGCAAUUCUUACGAGAACCUCAUUCCAUUGUAAUGAAUUCUCUAAGCCUGUUUCUGUCCCCAACAUCCACAACGAAUAUUCAUUAAUUUUCCCCCUUCAAGCCUUUUCCAAAUAAUAUGACUACUUUUUCCUGUGAGCCAUCUACGGAGACUUAUAACCCACAGACUUUCUGUCUCUCUGAGCCCCAUAUUCCACAUCACAGGGACCUGGUUGAGAGGACUGUUGAAAGUUUGCUGGAGCCUCAGCAGCCUCGAAGGACUGACAGUCUUCUGAGUGAGAAAGUCCAGAUGGAGCCCCACGCUUUGAGCUCCUAAUGACCGGCAGUAUCAGCAGAUCCUUAAGGGGAAAGCUCUAACGCGACAGAGAGGGAAAGGACUCAUUAAUAAAGAUAAUGAAGCGAACGAGCGCUCUAAUGGGUGGCUGGAGAUGAAAACUUAAGAGUCAGUCAGGGGUGAGAGCAUGGCUGGUGCUUGUUAAGGAGACACUCAGAUAGAAACCGGAUGUUCACCAAAGAGUGUGUUUGACCUUAAAUAACCGUAGUAAACACAUGUUGGCCAACUUUUGCCAAAAAAUAAGUCCGUGAUUAUAAAUUCCAUUGUCUUAAUGACCACAUCUGAAUGGUUUCCAUCUCUGAUGUGACAAGCAGCAGAAACAAAUGAAGCAAUUUCCUUUGCGGCAUGUUUGACAUUAUAAGAUCCAGUCAAAUAGCUGAAACGGCCGAUGAAUGCAGGUUAAAGGUUGAAGAGGCCUAGUGAGAGAGCCCCAGUAAGUAUCUAGAGUUGUAUGUUAAACCAAGAAGAUGAUCUGUCCCUAAAUUUGGAUUACAAAGUCAAAAGUGGGAACAGUCAGUACUGAAGAUAAAGUUAAGUCAUGCUUUGAUUUUUAAAACUCUUGUGAUGAGUGUUUUAAGUUGGUCAUAAAACAGACCAAAAGUAAUAAUGACUCUUUCCUCAUGAGUCAAAACAGCAAAGGUCAUCCACAAUGACUCAUUAUUUCUGGUUAUCUUUAAUGUCUCUAAACACUGCCACCGCAGAGAUGUCAGAUAAGCACUUGACUUACCACUGCAAUUAUUCACUGUGAGUAUGUUUGGCCAUUAAGUAAAAAAAAAAUCACCAUUUUAAGUAUGAGGCAGGAUUUAUUGAAGAGAUAAAAUGUAUUACGUUACGAUAAACAUCAUUGCGUUGCCAAAAUCUACUCAAAGAAAAAGUUCUGCUCAGUAGCUUUAAGAAGUCACAUUCAAAUAGACAAAAGGUGUUUAUAUAAUGAACCUUUUUAUGCGUUUGUACCACAUGGACCAAGGCUGGACUACAACCCUGGAAGCUCACAGAUCCUUAAAAAAAAUGACUGACAAGAAACAGACAAACAACAUGCUGUUUGUAUAGCAGCAACCACGUUUAUAUCAUCAAAUAGAUAAACAAGCUCAAUAUAGUUUUCUGUCCACGCUUCAUAGUGAUCUUCUUAAGCUUAAAACAAUUCCUAAUUUCUAAAAUCAGUCUUCUUAUUUGACUUUUUAUACCAAACCUUAAAUAAUGUCGCAGUGAAUGACUUUAUUUCUCUCCAGUGUACACACUCGUUUCUCCAUCUCCACCAAAUAUAGAUGUAUAUAUCUAGCUGCUAAAUAUUUGUCCUUUCCACCAUCAACUAACUAAUACCACACUGAUCAGGAAGCUGUUUCCCAUUUGUCAAAGUCCUUUUUUUUUGUGGCAUUCAGAACUUUUGACGUUUAAUCCUCAGCUGCCAAACGGUGCAUGUGUGCCAAGGUAUGUCCUCACUGUUAAUGAACUGUAAAUGGUAUAGAUACUAGAUCUGCUCAUCCAUAAUCUUUAAAAUGUAAAUAAAAGUCACCGUUGUGUAGAAGGUAUCUAUGACAAGUUCCCCUUUUCUGUCUUUGAAGGGGAAACCUGCUAAUGCUGCCUCCUGUAGACCCAGUCAGCAGGAGUUCAGCACCUAUGUUGUGUCUUUCUGGUGGAGUCUGAAGCAGUUUCAGGUAAAGCAACAACCUUUCAUUGGUUCCCUUUUUGCUGGAGAACAUUUGACAUACAUGUGCACACUCACUCUCUGUUUUCUGCCCCUCUUCUCAACAUGUGGCUCACAGAAAUCUGCCAGCGACGGCGGAGAAGAAGAAGAAGCGUGUCAGCAAGUAAACACCAAAAGUGAACAACCCAGGUUUCAGAUGUUUGAGAAGGAAGUAAUGAAAUCAUCACAUUUGUUACAACUUAGGAAAACCGAUUUGAGUUGUGGUGAGUAAUACUAGAUGUACACACAAACGUUGUAUGUUUACAAGAGGACCACAAAGGGCCCCUUGAAGUUGUAUCGGAGGUUAAAUUUGAUCUUUGAUUCAAAGCUGUAUUUAAUUUACCCUCCAUCCUCUGAGAUAAUUACAAUACUCUUGUUUUCUGCAUCUGAAUGAACUGGAAGAAAGUCAAGUUUGUUCAUGAUUGCACGAGUAAACAGUGCACCAAUCAUAAUCAGACAUUUCACACCAUUAUGGGCUCAUAUAACGCUGUUUACUUCAGCAUCCUUCUUCAACACAAACUCACUCUUUAACAGAUAUAGCUCUUAUAUUACCAAUAAUUCCCUGGUGUAUGUGUUUUACAGUGUCUGCAUUUAUUUCUUUAUUCAGAAAGGUGAGAAAAAGAAAUUAAAAGCAAAAAGUCAAAUGUAACUUUCUUAAACCAGCUGAAAUAACUAAAUAAUCUUCUUUUCUGAGCCUUGUCUGUGCUUGCAGCCUUGUAUACAGUAUGCCUUCACAUUUUUAGCCCUGAGCCAGGAGAUAGAGCCUCUGAGAAGGGAAACAGUAUGUUGAUACGCCCAGGGCCAGUGGAAAAAACGGCCCGUGUGAACUGUCAGCACCAGAUAGCCACAGGAGCAGCUAAUCUGCUCUAAGGCCACCAUUCACAACCAUGUGCCACUUGCACUCUCACUGACCGACUUCCUCCGUGUGCACGCAGAAGAAGGUGGAGAGGGUCUGGGUGUACCCGCUGCUGGAAAUCCUGAGUAAAGAUAUACACGCACGAGAAGAGGAUUUCCAAACAUUGGAUGCAAUUGAACUCUGGGAAACACACUUCCUGGCGAGGGACCCCCGCUUGGAAAACCACUUUGAAUGCAGACUUUAGUGUAAGUCGCCCAUGGAUUGAAGACACAAUGAUAUGUAAAAAAAACCUACAUUAUCUCAUCCUGAACUCUGAGGGAGGUGUUGACAUGAAGCUUGUGCUUUAAUUAAAUCUACAAAUUCUAGACAAUGGAAUACAGAUCAUUUAAUCAGCCACUCCUUCUCUGAAUGAGAAGAGCAAAUAAAGGAUUGUUUGUACAGUGACUAAGAUUGAGGAUGGAUGACUAUGGUGGAGACCAAACCCCAUGAUAUCAUACACUAUUCUGUAGAUCUCCUCAAUGGAAAUGUCUUUACCAUUCAUUAGUGCUGAACAGAUUUAGCCUUGUCAUUCAUAAAGCUGAAAUCCUUUGAUUGCUGUUGAUGAGUGAUCAUUAAUGACUGAUACUUGAUUUGGAUGAAGUAGUCAUUACAUUGAGCAGAAACAUGAGCAGGUAUGUUUCAGGACCAUAGACAUUUAGAAGAAUAGACACGACCACCAUGAUGUUACCCUCUGGUUUACUUUUUUGACUAGUUUCUGAAAUGAGACUUCAAAACGUGCAUAAUGGAAAACAAAUCUCUGCCUCCAAAUAUUUUUGCGUCUACUUUCACUCGCCGGAAAGGUGAGGCCAUUUUUUUUUUUACUCCUGCUGGUGCAAUAAACUACGUGUUUUCUACUUGCAUGAAAAUAUCAUGGGCAAAAGGCAAACACAGCUGUAAUACCAUGUCCAUCAACUGGAAUUAGGAGACAGCUGACUGCACCCUAUAUCAUGCCAGACUAGAUUAAUUAGUGCAGUUUUUAUGGAUAAACACUGACUAUAGAGAACAAAACUGCUGUUGUAUCAGGCUUUAGGGGUUUAUGUCUACUGUACAGUUGUGCACUUUGAUAUGGGGCUUUAUGAAUCAACCUCAAGUGGCCACUCAUGGAACUGCAGUCCUGCAUCAUCUCUGUCACUCAGCCCUAUAACCACUUGAUAGGCAUGGUUUAAUAGUCCUUUACUGUGUUACAAAGAUCAGCACCUCCUAAAGCUACUAACUGAUUUUGAUGCACCUGUUCCUAUUCCACCAAAUGAAGGAGUGUUUUCUCUUGGAUGCAGAUAGGUGUGGACCGAGUGUCUACACAGACCCCGUGGUGCUGACACAGUGACCUUAUGGCUUCUGCUGCCCGCAAGGCAGUCCAGGAGCUGGUCUGCCGACAGAUCAAAGAGGGAAUCAUGCCCCACCAACGGAGAUAAAUACACACUUCCUCUCUUCUCUUUCACACUGGUUUUUUCCCACAGUCCUCAAACCACCCCCCUCCAACGCUGAAGCACGGCCAGCUCAGAGGAAAUGACCGACCACAUCAAGCAGCUUGCCGUUGCUCUGACAGGAGUGCUCACUCAGGACAGGAGCUAGAUGCUCAUAUUCAUCAGGGGAUUGCAUGUUUUUUGUAUUUAGGUAGUGGCAGUACUGCAUGUCUCAGUAAAACCCAAAUUCACCCAAACUCACCAUCGUCUCACCAGGUGCCAUGAAGGAAUCAGGAUUUUCUAGUCCUAUCACAAUCACUAAGUUUUGUAAUCCAUUUCUCCCAAAUCAGUUCUGCUUAAAUCUACCAAAUACAGCACACAGUAUCUUUAAAAAGGGCUUGAAUGAUUUUAAACAAUCUGACUUUGUUUUAAUCAAUAUUUCAAAUAGCCUCACAAUAUUUUGGAUUUGAGGUUAUGAGAUGCAAAGACAUAAGUUAUGAGACACUUAUUUUAAAUCACCCUGUUUUGUUUUAAAGCCUCUGAGAAAUAAAAACUGAUUGAUUUUCUUCC